AUAAUCCUUCACCAAUGGAGAGUUCUCCGAUAUAAACGGUUCUAAUGUUUGAAUUAACUAUAUAUAGAACGCACGUACAACUACUAUCCAUAAAUUCCAGACAUGCACCAUCGUCUCCAAUCUUUCUUCUUCUUCUUCUUUUAGACGUUUUCGUACGUAGCCAGAGAAGCCUUAAUCUUUUCUUCUUCAAUUCUUCAAAUGCAUCACAAGGCUUCAAGCAGAGACACCAGCCAGAACUUUCCAAAACUCAAGAGCGUAGAUACUGAUCCAGAUCCUGACAUAUACGACAUAACAUACGUCGAUGUUUCUCCCUCUAUCGGCUCAACUUCUCCCUUAUCCAAAUCCCCAUGGAUUGCACACGUCGAUCCCACCGACCUGGAACCUCCCCACUCGGGGAUAAAGUCCACAGCCUCCCACACGAGAGAACCCAAAAACUACUCACCCAACAUCCUCAUGGGCUCUCUCUUCCGCGAAGAAGGCCACAUCUAUUCUCUAGCCACCUCCGGCGACCUACUCUACACGGGAUCGGACUCCAAGAACAUUAGGGUUUGGAAAAACCAAACCGAGUUCUCGAGCUUCAAAUCCAACAGCGGUUUGGUCAAAGCCAUUGUCCUAGCCGGAGACAAGAUCUUCACGGGGCAUCAAGACGGGAAGAUCCGCGUGUGGAAAGUCUCGUCUAAAGACUCAAACAUCUUCCGUCGCAUAGGCACCAUGCCGGUGUUUCGAGACUACCUAAGAAACUCCAUCACGCCUUCUUCCUAUUUCAGUUUCAUGAGAAAGAACCCGACCAGCACCAGCGCUCAGGGGUUCCGACACGUGGACGCCAUCUCGUGCCUCACGCUGAGCGAAGACAAGAAGCUUUUGUAUUCCGGGUCGUGGGACCAGACGUUCAAAGUGUGGAGGAUCUCGGACCUGAGGUGCCUCGAGUCGGUGAAGGCCCACGACGACGCCGUGAACGCCGUCGUUUCGGGUUUCGACGGUUUGGUUUUCUCCGGUUCGGCGGACGGUACGGUCAAAGUGUGGAGGAGAGAGGACCAGGCGAAGGAGACGAAGCAUUUCUUCUCCGAGACGUUGCUGAAGCAAGACUGCGCCGUCACGGCGAUCGCGGUUGAUCAGAGCGCGACGUUGGUUUACUGCGGUUCGUCUGACGGAACCGUUAACUUCUGGGAGAGGGAUAACAACAUGAAAAACGGCGGCGUUUUGAAGGGGCACAAGCUCGCGGUGCUCUGCCUCGUGGCAGCGGGGAGCUUGUUGUUCAGUGGCUCGGCUGAUCUUGGGAUCCGCGUUUGGAGGAGACCGGAACGUGGUGACGGGAGAGGUGGAGACGGAGGAGGAGGAGGAGGAGAGCACGUGUGUAUUGCGUUGUUGAAGGGACAUGCGGGUCCGGUGAAGUGUAUGGCAGUGGAGAGAGAUCAAGAAUCGUCUUCAGGUGAGAAAAGGUGGAUCGUGUACAGUGGGAGUUUAGAUAGGUCGGUGAAGAUGUGGCGUGUGUCGGAGAGUUCGCCGCCGAUUGAAUACCAGUCAUCGGAUCCGUUUGAUGGUCCGACUGAAUUAACGGUGGCUCCUAGCUUCUCGGGUAAAGGGAGAGAAUGAACAACCCCUCAAAAAAUAGUUUUGUUUCGUUUUGUAUGUGUAACCCCAUAUACUUUUUUUUCUUUUUAAUAUGUUAAAAUAUGUUCGUUAAUUAUUUCACUUUAACGUGGUUUAAAAAAUUUCAUUAAAUUUCGUUAAUUAUCUGAAUAUCAUCUCAUCUAGUUGAUCGAGUGUUUGGCAUAAAUCAUAAAGCUAAGGGAUAAUAUAAGUUUUCAUAAGACUUUCUUUCGGACAGCAUUAUCAAUGGUUUCUCACCAUCAGUAUCUCAGGAUUUAUGAUACAAAAGAAAGUAAAUGAGUGUUUCAAAUGUUUAGAUACCCAGUUAAAAGUAUUUCAAAAUAUCACAAAAUGAGAUAUUUUUGACGGAUAUAUAAAUAUUUUAGAUAUUUAUUUACUUUAUUUUGUGUCGUGACUCGUGAGAUACUAAUGACGAGGAACCAUUGAUAAUACUGUUCUUAAAGAUUUUUUGAGUUUUAAAAUUUCUGGAUUCAUUCUCAUAGACAAAAUUUCAGAUAUUAUUGAAGUAUGAAUUGGUUUGAUUAAUAAAGAUUAUGGUUCAUAUUUAAAUUAUAACUCAUUCCAAAAUUCAUUUUGUAAUCAUGUUUAUUUUGGAUUCAGGUUAUUACUUCAGAUUCUGAUACUUUUAGAUAGUAUAUAAAAUAAAAUAUUAAAAUGAGUUUGUAAAAUGCUUAUUUUCAGAAAUUAUAUUAAAAUAAACCAUAGAAUUGAGUAUUUAAAAUAUUUAAAUAUUUACUUCACUUACUAUUUCAGAUCUUUAUUUUAGGGUUCUCAUUGGAAUUUUUGAAAUACCUAUUCAAAUUCGGGUAAUAACAUUACAUUUUUACCACCUUCAUAGUCUGUUUGAAUAUUUUGUGUAGUUCAAAUUGUGUAUAGGUUCAAAUUUCUCGGUUUCGAUUCAAAACUUAUAUAUGUGUUUAGUUUUUUUAGUCAGACCUACCCAUUCUUAGUGAAAGAUCAAUACUGAAAUAAACAUUCAUAUGAAUAUAUUCAAAUAACAUUUUCUAUCAGAAAAACAUGAAAAUUUUAGUCCAAGAAAAGUUAUGAUGCAGCAUACGAAUAGAUUAAACAGUCGAGCAAAAAUUUAAACAUCACGAAAAAUCUGUUUUGGAUCAAUCAACGAAUUUUAUAAUUUCUUAGAAAUCAAUCUUUUGUUAGAUGAAUUUAACAAAUUUACUCAUAGAAUGAACCAAAUCGGUAUUCUAAGAGCAUCAUUAUCCCAAAGACACAUUUAGGGUCUCUUAAUCUUUUUUAAUACUUUUAAGUAAAAAAUAUGAGUUAAGAGAUAACAUUAAGAGACCCGAACAUUUUUGUGCUCCAUUGGGAGUCUCUUAUUUAGGUUUUUUUUUUUUAAAAAAAAACAAUGUGAACUUUUCAUUCUAACUACCUCACAAAGUUUUGGAUUCUUAAACAAAUCACUAAUAAUGCCACACCAUGUUGUAGAUAGGGAUUACUUAUCAAUGGGAACAUUAAAGAGUAAACAAAUCACUAAUCAUGCCACACGAUGUUGUAGAUUUUACCAAAUCAUGCUGGACCCAUUGUGGACAGAUAGCCACGAGGAGGUCUUUUGAUGGUGAUGCAAUGUUGGAAUCUGGUGUGUA